AUUAUGGAACCUGUGUCUCUGAAACGUCCUAAACCUAGUGACGGUGAAGAAGAACUAUUUCGUAUGCAGCAAGAAUUUCAUGAAUCUAAUGUCAAACCAGCAGCAAAAGUUAUAAACCUACGGCCAGCUAAUAGCCUUGAGACAAAUGCAAAGCCUACCGGUCGACCACGAUCAAAAUUUUCAGAACGUAAGCGGCUCAAGGGUCCAGUACAAGGAAUAACAACGUCACAACGGGGAGAUGAGAUGGUAUACCCGAAUGCACAUCAAGCCAAAGUGCAUGGUGACAUUGUAGAAAAUCCUUGCAGUUUGGAUACAGACUUAUCGGUAUCGUCGUCUAUUCUACUAUUAGGAAAUAUUGUAGAAAGGAGAUUUGAUAUACCUCCAACAUUUGAUUCUGAUGAUACAGUAGUAUCAAAUAUAUCUAAGACUGGAUUUCCUGAGGUUUUCAUUUCUGGGACACAUAAGCCAGAUAGCAAGCACAGUCAAUUUUCACAACAAGUAUCUAUGCAAGAAUUGACCUCAACAAAAUCAAUCAAACAAAACUAUGAGAGUUCAUUGAAUAGGCACAACAGCGUGUUAGUCGAAGGUCCAUGGGCAACAGAAAUACAUAACGCUAAUAUUCAGAGGCUUAAUCAGAUGGAUCCAGAGGAAAUAAUGAGUGAAAAGCUGAAGCUGCAAACUAUGCUGGAUCCAGCUUUGAUAGAAUUUAUAAAAACUAGAAAAAAGAAAAAAUUAGAAAGUAUAGAAGUUGUCAACAGCUCAGAGGUAGAAAUGGACACUGAACCAUCUGAUGCAAAAACAGAAGGAGAAAUUCCUGAGUCUGCAAAAUGUGAAAUUAUGGCAGAGCCAAACAAGGAAACUUACGACGGACUAUUGCCUACAGAUAUACCCGAGCCAUCAGCUGAAAUUAUUCAACAAGUGGAACAAAAAGGUUGGGUACACAUGGACACGAUAGAAUCGGACAAACUAAAAUGGAUGGAAGAUGUACCAGUUACAACGAACAAUUCUUCUCCAGAGCAACCAUAUAACGCUCGCUUUGAUUUUAAUGGAAUGUUGCUUCCGUACGUAGAUGAAAGUCUAACUAUCGACAAAGGCCUGCAUCACCACGGAGAAGAGCCUGAACGUCCAGGGUAUUCUCUUCAAGAGUUAUUACAACUAAGUCGAUCGGCAACACAGCAACAACGUUGUAUGGCUCUCAAUACCUUAGCAAAUAUCAUGGAAAAAAGUCGCCAGGGGUUCUAUGACCAAGUUUUGCAGCCCCCCCUUCUGCCCACUCUGAAUGAAAAAAAUAUCUUCUUGUUAUUGAGAUUUUCAUUGGAUGAUUCCUCUGUCGCAGUUGUUACUGCAACUUUGCAAGCGCUUCGAUCAUUCUUAUUCAGCGAGCCAGAUGAGCUAUGCCUGGAUAGACUAGUGGGUCUGGGAGAAGUUAAAGAGCCUUUUUUAAGGGCCCCACCAAUGAAUGUCACGGAUGAAGCUAGUCUGAAAGAUCAUGAAAUCGCACAAUACAACCUCAUUGCUGCCGCCAUUAGAUCAGACAUCCAAUUCCGGAUAAGGUAUAUUCUGAAUGAAAUGCGUCCCCCACCGACCGGAGUUACAGCAGCAUUAGAAGUUUUAGCGCGUAUAGCAAGGAGUUCUCAUAAGGCAGCCCUGGAAAUUGCUUGCACUCCGCAAUUACUGGAAACUAUUGUUCAAUAUUUUAUCCCACUGACAACUGAUCGCUUAGUCUCGGAUAGCACCAUAAAUGACGCAUACGGAGUUCCCGUCUUAGCUGCUAUUCGCUUGUGUAGAAUUUUCGUUACUUACGGUGGUGAGCUGAUUGCGAAAAGGCUGUAUGAUCUCAAAAUUCUGAAUUCUCUAUUAUCGUACAUCACUGGCGAUUCCGGUAAACAUGGUAUAAAUUUAGAUAUCGAAAGCUUCCGACUCUGGAAAUUGUUGCUGGUUCAUGGUAUAGGAUUAGAAAGUGUGGGUGGUGCACAACUUACAUUAGUAUCUAAACUGAGAAAUUUGCUCAGUAAUCACGAUAUAGGUUCCACGUCUGAAUUGGCCUGCGAACAUGCAGCGGCAUUAAUAACUGUUGUCCAACAUGAACCUUCUUUGACUAUACACCUAGCAACGCUACUUUCAAAGUGGAGCACACAGUUGGCAUCAAUUCCAUCUCCAACCUGGGCCAGCACAAAACUUGUCGCCAUGACCCUAAUGGCAGUUGGAGAUAUUUCGCUAUUGAAACCUUUGCUAGAUCCUCAAUACAUAUUUUCUACUCAAAGGAACAUAUUUUCUACUUUGUGUUCCAGCUCAAAUCUACUCAGUGGACUUACAGAAGUUAAGACAAGAGAGCCAACCUCCCUACCUAAUCUCGGUGUUCUGUCACACGAGGGUCGACUAUUGCCAGCGGUAUCGUACAACAGUUGUAUACCUUUGUUGGCAACGGUUCUCACCUAUCUAUCAAAAUCUUUGAGUAAAACGGAAAUCUUCAUGAUUUUCAAACAACCUCAACUUAGAAAGUACAUUCACAAGUUGGAAAAAGUUGAAUGGAGCUUAGAAAGGAGUUGGUAUACACGAAUAGAAUUAUCUUUAGUAACAGCGAUAGUGAAAGGUAGAAAUUUGUUGGGAGACGCGUUAGAUGGUGAAAUGAAAGAAACUAUUUGGAAAUUAUCCAUAAAAUUGGUAUCAGCCUUACCUGCUGAUGCCCCGUUACACGUCGAAGAAAUGCUGUACACUGCGUUGGCCAAAGACAAAUUUGAAAUGGACACCUUAGGUCACGAUUUAUACCAUAUGAAUUUUGACAAUACACCGAUUCAUCUUGGGAUCGAUUCGGAGUCUUUAGAAGUCCUAGUACGUUAUUACAAACGUCAUAUAAUGCAUAUAAGAUCCUGGACAACCGCAGCUUUGCCAAAGGACUGGCUUUACCUUCCGCUUGUGAAUUUAUACGCAGAAUGCAAGAAUCAAUAUAGCAAGAAGGACGUUAAACCGGUAAAACUUAUCCUCAGUUUAGAAUUAAUUUUCCCUGAUUUGGUGGCAAAACUAUCCCCUAGUUUGAGGUACAGUCGAUUACUCCUCAUAUAUUUAUGCGAUACUUUAUUUCUGGACAAUGAAAUAUCUCCAUUGCUGACAAAAGUUUUGACGAAUCUUGUAGAAAACAAUUACAAGAAUAUCAACUUGGAUUCUGAAAUCCCAGGACUGAGCUCGUUUACAGAUUCAUUCACAGCUUUGUGCGAACAUUUUGCCGCAACUUCGUACGGAGAUCAAGGAUUCGGUAUGGCUUUAUUAGUGCCCCUAGCGCAACGACAUGACGUACAUUACAGAAGAUUAUUAUGGUCCGAACAUGCUGCGGUCUUACGAUCAUUACGAACCCCGUUGAAAAAAUUAGCAAUACCUUUGGAAGAAUAUUUAUACCCAAUUGAAGAAGACAUUUCAUUGGUCGAAUGUUAUCUAACUGCAUUGGCGAGAGGUACCGUCAGCGAAAACUGGAGCCCUGUUAUGUAUACCGUAGCUUUACACCAUGUGGGAAUGAAUUUGAAAGAAACAAGUAAGAUGUGCUCAAAAUUCAAACCGAGAGUCGAAAAACUCGGCAAUGUAGAGUUGAAAAAUAAACUCCUGAAUUACAUUCCCCCCACAUUCUAAGUCAUUAAAGCUCAUCUCGGUAUCGGAUUAGAAGAGAUGAAAUGUUUAAUAAAUAAUAAUUAUUUUUGUUACCUAUAGAAUUACUGUUUUGUUGAGAUUUGGUCUCCCCGAGCAAUUUUAUGAUUUUGUUUUUUAUCAAAACUGAAUACAGAAUGAUGUAUUACUAAUGACUCCAAUAUCCAAUAAACUAAAAAUAUUUACGCA